AUUUAAUCCCCACAACAACUCUGUGAGGUACGUUACCAAGAGAGGCAGCAACUGGCCAAAGUCCACCCAGUGAGAGCUUCCUGGUUGAGUGGGGAUUUCAACGUUGGUCUCCUACGCUCUACACCACACUGGCUGGACUAUAGUUCCCACUAGCCCCAGCAAGCAGGGUUAAAGGCCAAGGGUGAUGGGAAUUGUGUAGUUCAUUGUAACAUCUGGGGGGGGGGCACAGGUUCUCCAGCCCUGGUUGAGAGUGAGAUGAAUUGGGUUUUCAUGGGGCAGUAUCCUUGCAUAGGUAAAGCAAUGUCUAUAUUUAUUUUGCAGGUACAGAAAUGAUGUCGUUAUACAACAUCAUGGUCCUUGCUGUCUACAUCUUUGCCUUCCUGGCUGGCCUCCCUGCCAACCUCUUGGCCUUCUACACAUUCCAAGCCAAGGUGCGCCAGAAGGCAACCCCAAUAGAAAUCCUCUUGUUCAACUUGACUGUGUCUGAUGUCACCCUGCUCCUCUUUCUGCCCUUUAAGAUGGUGGAGGCCGCUUCGGACAUGACGUGGCCUCUGCCCAUGUUCCUUUGCCCUCUGACCAACUUCUGUUACUACAGCAGCAUCUACAUCAGCACCCUGUUCCUCAUGGCCAUCAGCGUGGAGCGCUACCUGGGCGUUGCCUAUCCUAUCAGGUACAAGUUGAACCGGAGGCCAAUGUAUGCAGUGUUUGCCAGCAUCUUGUUCUGGUUCCUCGCUUGCUCCCACUGCAGCAUUAUCUAUGUUGUGGAACUCGCGGUGCCAGGCCAUAAUAACGAAACCAACCCCAACUCUGCCAACGCCUCCAAAUGUUAUGAGAGUUUCUCCCCCAACCAGCUCCACAUCCUCCUCCCUGUCCGCCUGGAGCUCUGCAUCACCCUCUUCUUCCUCCCUUUCCUCAUCACCCUUUUCUGCUAUGUCAACUUAGUCCGCAUCCUAGCCUCCUUGCCCAACAUCCAUGCCCGCAGGAAGAAACGGGCUGUGGGGAUCACUGUUACCACUUUGCUCAACUUUGCCAUCUGCUUUGCUCCCUUCAACAUCUCCCACAUUGUGGGCUUCAUCCAGAAUGAGAGUCCUUCCUGGAGGGUUUAUGCUUUGCUCCUUAGCACCCUCAGUGCUUCCAUGGACCCAGCAAUCUUCUACUUCUCCUCCACUGCUAUCCAACAAAACUUAGCCAAAUGUUUUUCCAGCCUGGGGCACAAAAUCCAUGCCAUCAUGCCAUGGUGUUAUCAGUUUUGCGGGUUCUGCUGUGACAUCGAGAUAGACCACAGUGGGGUUGAUAAAUCUUCUAUUUCUGUUUCUAACCUGGGGGAGCUGCCUUCUGAAAGGAUUGUGAGGGGCUGGUAGCCUGCUUUGACCAUACUUUGGGACUUGGAAUGAAAGAGGAUGUCCAUAUGGAGAAAUGAAGGACCUUCUUUUCUGUGCCUCUCAGCAGACUUUUGCAAACUCCACCAAGUUUCAGCCUCUAAUACAUAUGGAAGGUCAGCAUGGAGUUUCUCCACAGAUGACUGAAAGGCUUAUUGGAAGCAAUGGUUGGCCUAUGUGAUGUGCUUCAGGGGACUAAAUGAAGCAUUUUGGCUUGCCUAGGGGGUAAAGAUGCAUGGUCAACACUACAGAAGGAACCUUUUGUUGGUUCAUGAAUCACUCCACCUCCCAGUUGCCAGAGAAGGAGCUGAGAGAGAAGCUACCUCUUCCGAACUCCCCCUUUUGACAGGGGAACCUUAGUUCUUGUGGCCAAUGGUGACCCACACUGCUUCUGCCUAGCCCUUGGGACUAUGCAGGCCACACCCAUCACUGGUCUUGCUCUGCUCCCUCCUAUAGCAAUUUUAUGUGGCUGGAAUGCAUGAUAAUACCUUGUUUCCCUAGCUGGAGGAUGGCG